GACCCACCCGGUUAACCGUUCUCCUUAUAAUUCCAUCAGAGGCGCUUCAUCACCUUCACUCCAUCAACCUGCCUUUUCUUCCUCUCCGUCCAGCCCUGUCAAUAACACCAUUUCCUAAACACUUGAAUUUCAAGGAGGGAAAAAUGGCCAGCAGCUUCACAAGAAUCCUCUCCUCCAAGAGAAACGUCGGAAUCCUCUCGUUGGUCGGAGGCUCCGUAGCGGCUGGGUUUCUGCUCCAUCGGGAACAUGUCACCGCCGGAGAGCCUCUGCGCAGGAGAUACCCCGCCAGUGCGGAGUACCCUGACCUGCGCAAACACAACAACUGCAUGGCCAGCCACCUGACACCGGCCAUCUACGCUAAGCUGUGCGAUAAGGCCACGCCCAACGGGUACACGCUGGACCAGGCCAUUCAGACGGGCGUGGACAACCCGGGCCACCCCUUCAUCAAAACCGUUGGCCUGGUAGCAGGAGACGAGGAGUCCUAUGAGGUGUUUGCAGAACUCUUGGAUCCUGUCAUCAAAGAGAGGCACAACGGCUAUGAUCCCCGUGUAAUGAAGCACCCCACUGACCUGAAUGCCAGCAAGAUCCAGUCCGGUGUUUUCGAUGAGCGCUACGUGCUGUCGUCCAGGGUGAGGACCGGCCGCAGCAUCCGGGGCCUGAGCCUGCCCCCUGCCUGCACCCGGGCGGAGCGCCGAGAGGUGGAACGGGUGGUGGUGGACGCCCUGUCUGGGCUGAAGGGAGACCUGGCCGGAAAAUACUACAGUCUCACUGUGAUGACAGAGAAGGAGCAACAGCAGCUCAUUGAUGAUCACUUCCUGUUCGACAAACCUGUGUCACCACUCCUGACCUGCGCAGGCAUGGCCCGUGAUUGGCCAGACGCCCGCGGUAUUUGGCACAACAACGAGAAGACCUUUUUGAUAUGGAUCAAUGAGGAGGAUCACACCAGAGUGAUCUCCAUGGAGAAGGGAGGCAACAUGAAGAGGGUCUUUGAGAGGUUCUGCAGAGGCCUCAAGGAGGUGGAGCGGCUGAUCCAGGAGAGAGGCUGGGAGUUCAUGUGGAACGAGAGGCUCGGCUACAUCCUGACGUGCCCCUCCAACUUGGGAACUGGACUCAGGGCCGGUGUCCACGUUAAGCUGCCCCGACUAAGCAAGGAUCCGCGCUUCGGUAAGAUCCUGGACAACCUGCGCCUGCAGAAGCGCGGGACAGGUGGCGUGGACACGGCGGCUGUAGGCGGCACAUUUGACAUCUCCAACCUGGACCGCCUGGGACAGUCUGAGGUCCAGCUGGUACAGACUGUGAUUGAUGACUUUCUUGCAGGAUCUAAAUAUGGUGUUUGUGUCCUACUUAGGUCCAGCUGGUACAGACUGUGAUUGAUGGCGUCAACUACCUAGUUGAGUGCGAGAAGCGUCUGGAGAAAGGCCAGGACAUCAAGGUGCCAGCACCCAUUAAGCAGUUCAAGUAGACACUGGUCCCUUCACCGCUGCACACAAACCUCCGGGCUGCACACACACGAGCACACGCACACACACACACACCCAGCCGUGUGCCCAUAGAUAUUUCCAAAAGAUAUCUAUGUUGUCGCCUCAUUAAUAAUUAUUAUUAUUACUCUACCAUCACUAUGCUACCUAUCUAAUCAACCACCCCGUCCCUGCUCCUCAGUAUACUCUAUAAUUUCAUCUGUAUAUGUAAUAUGUAACUGUCUGGCUGAUAACGUCCCAGAACCUCAUCAGACUCAAAACGCUCCGAGCUCAGAUCGUAAUCUUGCUCUAACAGGAUAAAAGUGAUUUAUAGAGUUCCGGAAGCUGUGGGGCUGUUUAAUUAAAGCAAAACAAAAAUAAUCAGCUUCCCUGCAUGGCCAAAAAGUUAAAAUAAAUAAAAUCAACAACUCUCCCCUUCCCAUUGCUCCCACCUUUACUCAGCCACACGUCCUGCACUCUACCCCCCUUCACCGCCCUCUCUCUCUCCUGCGUGGUGAUUUCCCUUCCUACUUGGCGCUUGUGUAGUCCCAUACGUCCGUGCUCCAUCCUCCAUUGUGGAAUGUGUGUACAUAGUUUCUUUCCAGGCGUUUGAUGAUUUAUUUUGAAUGUAGAUUUUACGGGGUUUUUUCCAAGCGGAAGGCUGGAGAGAUAUUUGUUUUCUCCGGCAGACGUGUUCGUCAGGUUCUAAUGUUCCGAACACACACUUGGCCGGGUCGGGCUCCGUACUGUAAGCUCCUGAAGCAAUAUCGUUUGAGCCAUAACAGAUUGUCACACUGUCAUGCCUUUUAUUAAACAAAUCAUCUAUUUAACAGUA